UUCAGUUCCUCAAAAUCUCUUAAUCCUCCUCAUUUUUCAACACGUACCCUUUUUCUCUUCCUCUGUUUUCUCCAUCAGAGACCACUCAAAUAGGUCUUUGUUGUUUGAUGUGCAGUGGUUCAAAGACUGAACUUGUUCCUUAAAAUUUCAUCAUGGAAGGAAAAUUAGACGAGCUUAAAGCCGACAAAUCCUCGGUUUUGCUUGAAUUAGCCGCCUCGGGUGAUCUAGUGGCCUUCAGAAGGGAGGUGGAAGAAAAGGGUUUGGAUCUUGCAGAGGCAAGCUUCUGGUACGGUAGAAGAAUCGGGUCGAGAAAGAUGGGGUUCGAAGAGAGGACACCACUGGUAAUCGCUGCCAUGUUUGGUAGCGUUGAUGUCUUGAAAUACAUCGUCGGAAGUGGGGAGGCUGAUGUGAAUGGAGCUUGUGGUGUUGAUGGAGUUACUGCCCUUCAUUGUGCGGUUGCCGGUGGUGCGAGUUCUUCGGUCGAGAUUGUCAAGCUCUUGCUUGAUGCGUCUGCGGAUGUUAAUUGCGUUGAUGCUAAUGGGAACAAACCUGUAGAUCUGAUCAUGCCGGGUUUAAAGUCUUUGAGUGGUUCCAGGAGAAAGGUGAUUGAGUUGCUGCUGCAAGGUGGUGAUGUUGUUGCUGUUAACCCGGAAGAGGAGUCGGAGAAGACGGUUCUUCCGGAGAAGAAGGAAUAUCCUGUCGAUGUAUCGUUGCCUGAUAUCAACAUUGGGAUAUAUGGAACUGAUGAAUUUAGGAUGUAUACCUUUAAGGUGAAGCCUUGCUCGAGGGCAUACUCCCAUGAUUGGACCGAGUGUCCCUUCGUUCAUCCCGGCGAGAACGCUAGGCGGCGAGACCCAAGGAAGUACCCCUAUAGCUGCGUGCCGUGCCCGGAGUUCCGUAAGGGGGCAUGCCCUAAGGGUGAUGCUUGUGAUUACGCACACGGUGUGUUCGAAUCCUGGCUUCAUCCUGCUCAAUACCGGACCAGACUUUGCAAAGACGAGAUCGGUUGCGCCCGCAAAGUCUGUUUCUUUGCUCACAAGCCGGAGGAAUUACGUCCGGUGUAUGCUUCCACCGGUUCGGCGAUGCCUUCACCGAGGUCUGCUGCGGUCAAUGCAGUGGAUAUGACAACUUUGAGCUCUCUAGCACUCGGUUCAUCAUCCUUGCCUCUGCCUACCGUUUCGACGCCUCCCAUGUCUCCUUUGGCUUCCUCUUCCUCUCAAAAGAACGGGGGCUUAUGGCAGAACAAAAUGAGCCUCACCCCACCUGCCUUGCAGCUACCGGGUAGCCGCUUGAAGACGGCUUUUAGUGCCCGAGAUUUUGAUUUGGAAAUGGAAAUACUCGGGCUCAAGAACCAGAUGCAGCGGCAGCAAUUGAUGGAUGAGAUCUCUAGUCUCUCCUCUCCAUCCUGCUGGAGCAAGGAAUACAGUAGGCUUGGUGAUUUGAAGCCUACUAAUCUCGACGAUGCAUUCGGAUCUCUCGAUCCUUCCCUAUUGUCUCCAUUGAAGGGACUCUCGGUAAAAUCUGCAACACCAAGCCAGAUGCAAUCUCCAACAGCGAAUCAAAUCCGCCAAAACCAACUUCGUGCAAGCUAUCCAACAAAUCUCCCAUCCUCUCCAGCGAGGAGUCCCUCACCAUUCGGUUUCGAUUCGUCUGCUGCUGUGGCAGCAGCAGUAAUGAAUUCGAGAUCUUCUGCUUUUGCAAAACGAAGCCAGAGCUUCAUAGACCGCGGUCGAGCUGGACUCACCGCACCUUUGAAUUCCACGACCAUGAUGUCUUCAAACAUAUCCGACUGGAGCUCCCCUGAUGGGAAACUGGAUUGGGGUAUGCAAGGAGAUGAGCUGAACAAGCUUAGGAGGUCGGCUUCAUUCGGGUUCCGCAACAACACUCCCGCACCAACAACGACAAAAGACAUGAUGACGCCAUCCAACAUCGAUGAGCCAGACGUGUCAUGGGUUAAUUCACUCGUGAAAGACGUUACACCUGCCGGAGGUCCAUCGCUUCAGCAGCAAUACAACAUCGGUAAAGGUGUUCGAGACAGGCUUCCACCAUGGGUGGAACAAAUGUACAUAGAACAGGAGCAGAUGGUAGCAUAAGGAAGAGACCCCUUUUGCUCAUUUGCUCUACUCUAGCUUUUCCUUCUAUUCGUAAUAGUAUUCGGUAGCCAUAGUUGACGGUGGAAGAACCGAUCGGUUGAAGAAGUAAAACAGACAUGAGCAAGAAGGUUUAAGUUUCACUGCUCAUGGUAGAGUUAGGAGACAGAUGAAGCAAGCAGCAACAAAUAAAUUUAUUUAUUACUUUAUAUUCUUAA